UGUAAGAGGGUGUGCCAACUAUUCAGCAGUUUUUGGGGUUUUUUAUUGGUUGUUGUUGGAAGGUCUGCUUACACAAGAGUUGGCAGCAGUUCCAGUGGGACUGUAGCUGAGGUCACAGGAUUUCUAAACAUUCAGGCUUGUGUUUGUGAAGGCUUUUUCCCUCUAAAUGAUCACGGGGAGAUAGAAGCUAUAAGACUGUAGUUGUCUCUGUGCUUCACGUUUCCUGAGUAUGGACUAUGAAACCAUAUGAAACAGCCACUUCUGGCAGGCUGCCUUAUGAGUUGGGAACUGGAUUGCAUGGAGCUGAAGAAGAAAAACGAGGAGUUGCAGUAGUAGAGCUACACAAGAAGGAAGGAUGUGGCCUUGGCUUAACUGUCUCAGGUGGGGAAGACAAAGGAAGCAGAGCUCAGGUGUAUGACUUACGCCCAGGCAGUAUUGCACAUCGAUCAGAUGCCCUUGUUAUUGGAGACUACAUUUUGUCAGUCAAUGGAAUUCGAACAUCAGGACUCAGACAUGAAGAAAUAAUAAACUUGCUGAAAAAUGCUGGAGAAAAAGUGUGUCUUGAAAUUGAAUAUGAAAUCCCAGAAAUAAUCCCUUCCUCAGCAAAUGUUCAGACUCGACAAUGGGAUGUCACUCUCGACAAGGAGGGCCCUGGUUACGGGUUCACAUUACGUGGUGGCAUGAAAGUAGAGAGCAUGAAGGCCCAUCCCCUGACUGUGGUAGCUGUCCGGCCAGGCAGCCCAGCUGAUCGGGAUGGUCACAUAAAGGUUGGAGACCGAGUGAUCCAGGUGAAUGGUUACAAGGUGACGCACCUGACACUGGCAGAAAUGUGGGGACUUCUCCAGCACUGUGGAAGCCAGACAAUAUUCACAGUUGCAUAUGAUGUUGCAAUCAUGGAUGCAGUGGAGAAUGCGUCAGGUCCCCUGCUGGUCGAGAUUGACAAAACACCUGGUUCAGCACUUGGCAUUGAGCUAUCUCAGAGUACCUACCAGAGCAAGCCAUGCGUCUGUGUGGAGAGCGUUAGAGCAAUGAGUGUUGCGGACAGGAGUGGUGCACUUCAUGUUGGAGACCAUAUUCUGGCAAUAGACGGUGCCAGUGUGGAGCAUAUGUCUGUUGCUGAAGCAACUCAGCUGCUGAAAACGGGAGCAGAUAACUCCAUCACUCUAGAGAUUCUUCCAGUCACCCAUUUGCAGCACUGUGUCUCGCGAGAAGCUCUAAGCAGGACAUCACUUGUUCCAUCCUUGUCUUCUGUGACACUGCCUAGCAUGUCCCCAUCUGUGUCACUGCACAAUGGCAUUACCACCCUGCCAACAUACAGCUCACAGGGUCCUUCAGUUUCUGCCAUUGCUCACUUUGCUACGCUAGGGUCCAGAAGCUCUCGCAGCUGUAUGCUCAGCAAAGCAACAUGGCCGUGCAUGGACAGGAAAGUCAACUCUUGCAUGUCAGUAGUGUCAACAGCCACAUCAGUUCGCACAGCCAACAACCAGGUAUGUCAUGUGGAGACCAUGGAGCUAAUGUUGUUUGGUGAUGCCAAGGGUUUGGGCGUCACACUUGAAGGGGGGAUCUUCUCAACCGCAGUUCUCUCCCACCCUCCUAUUAUUAGUGUCAUCGAACCUCGCAGUGCUGCAGAGAAAUGUGGGGUCAUUCAAGAAGGUGACAGAGUCUUGGCUAUCAAUGGCAUGGAGACAGUAGAAAGGACUUUUGAAGAAGUCAGCCAGUACCUGCGGGAAUCAAAGCCUCGGUGCAUACUUGAGAUAGAGUUUGAUGUUGCUGAAUCUGUCACUCCUACAUGUGGAACUUACACAGUCAAGUUAGCCAAACGGUCAGGUGGGACAGGUAUCACAGUUGGAGGACGCCGCAGACCAAAUGACCCACUGGUAAUAACAGAUGUUAGGCAAGGCAGCGUGGCAUACAGGAGUGGCUCCAUCCAGCCAGGUGACAAAUUAUUAGCCAUCAAUGAUGUGCGACUGGACACGUGCACUGUCGAAGAUGCCACGCACCUUCUUGAACUUCCUGAUGACAUUGUGAAGCUGAAACUGGAACGUGACAAUCCAGAGGAAGGCAGUGAGGACUGUGUGACAUACACUGUGCAGCUGCAGCGACAUGGAGGCCCUCUUGGCAUCACUAUCUCUGGAACAGAGGAUCCCCUUGACCACAUUGUCAUCUCUGAGCUGACAUCAGGAGGCCUAGCAAAAACUGGUGCAAUCCAUGUUGGUGACCGGCUUCUUGGGAUCAAUGACAGUACCACCAAGAAUAAGCCACUCUCUGAAGCCAUACGAAUGCUGCAGAGUGCUGGCGACAUCGUUACAUUGAAGAUUGCCCGACCGUUUGCAUCCAGCAGCGGCAAGCCAGUGAGUGGCGCCUUGCGUGAGCAUGAAGACUCCAGCAAGCCCUCCACACCCAUCCCCAGUAUAGACAGUGCUAUGGAAUCCUGGGAUGGUUCAGGCCAGGAUGUAGGUGGUGUGUUGGCAGUAGUCACCAUCAGGCUCUUGUGGUUGCAGCACCAAGGUCCAAUCGUCUCAGCGUUGCUGGCUCUGACAAGCGCCUUUCCCACAACUCCAUGGCACUAGAAGGCAGUGGGGAGGGAAUGGCCGAUGUUCGUAUUUCUGAUGAUGAAUGGGAUGAUGGUGAUGACACUGAUGAUAAUGCAGAGUGCGCUGCAAGCCAUCCCAGUGAGGCCAGUAGCUUUGAUGCAGAUGAAUGGGCACGUACCCUCGGAGACCUUGAUGCCACAUCAGGGUCAGAGAUGCUGCGACAAAUCAGUGCAAGUCUUCGACAGCGCAGCACUUUCAGCCUCGACCGCCGCUCCAACACUUCAGACUCCAAGCAACGGUCUGACAGGCAAGGUCAAAGCACCUCUCAAGCUAGCAGAAGUAGCAAGUCACAAGACGGUCUACACAGGUAUAAUGAAAAGUCCAAAUCACUGCCUGGAAAAAGCCGUACUAUUGACCAGCAGUUGCAGACCAUUUUCACGCCAACUCCCAUACAGCUCCAGCGGGUGACCAUAGAGAAGUCCAGUGCUGCCCAGGACUUUGGCUUUAGUUUAUCUGAUGGAAUGUAUGAGAAGGGUGUUUAUGUCAGUGCUGUCAGAAUAGGAAGCCCAGCUCAUAGCGCUGGUCUUCGCAGUUUUGAUAGGAUAUUGCAGGUAAAUGGCACAAAAACACGUGACUUUGAUUGCUGCAUGACUGUACCCUUGAUCGCAGAGGCUGGCAACAACUUACGCAUGGUGAUUUGCCGCAACCCUCUUCUCCGUCCAGGCCCGAGGCAUAACAGAUUCUGAUGUAGGUGACAGGUCCAAUAACAUAUCCGGAGACUUUAAGGCUUCAAACAACCAAAAACAUUGUGAACUAUUAUCAAAAGGAAAAACCUGAGGUUGUCAGGAUUACAAAAAGUGGGUUUUUUUCUUGAUUAGGGCCUAAUGUGUGACAAAAACUCCUUUAUUGUGUCAAAGGACUUUUACAAAGAAGAAAGCAUCAGAAAUAAGAAAAAAGAAAUGUCUUUAGCUGCAAAACAUGUGGCCCUUAGGUUCAUCAUGGAAGCUCAUUUACUUUGUUUUGACUUUUAUAAACAAGACCUUUCCCCACUCUAGUGGUGGUACAUACCAAGCAAUAAACAUGUUUGUCAUUGUGUUUGUUUGAAGUAUUUAGUGAGUUUGUUUUUUUUUUCUCUUUGUUUCCUUGUUAAAGGCUCACAACUGUAAUAGGCAAGUAUCUGCUCCCACAGAUUUGAAAAGCGUGGGGAGACAAGUCCAUCUAUAUAUUUUUGCUUUCUGCGUAGGCAUCUAGAUAUUUGACCAUAGCAUCAAAUCAUGGAUGGGGAAUUCGUAACAGAAUUCUGUGUGUGUGCAAGUGCAUCUCCAAGAUGUCUUUAUUUGACAGAUCAUUGUUUAAUCACGAAUUUAAAAGUUUUUGGAAGUUAUUUUAGCAAUAAUUAAUUCACGAUAUUCCCCAUCAAUGAUGGAACAUAAUUUUUUAGAUUGGUUUUUGCACAUUUUGUAAGGUUGUGCAAUUCUAGUUUUUGUUUCUAUUUAUUUUUUUUCAUUCACAUCCAUGUUUCUAAGGUUGCUAUUCCUUUGUUUUUAAUGAGGACCAGAAUUCAUGAGCAAAUGUCACGCUCAUGCAUGAACAUGAAAGCUAAUUUGCUUUGUUGUACCUAGUCACAUACUGUAAUACAUUUUCAGUGUGUUAUUAGAACUGUUGCAGUAUUGCAUUGUUUUGCCUAGUUGCUUGCAAUGAUUCAUUUUGCUAGAGACUGCGGAUCAUUCUAGAAGCCAAUGAAAAUGGCAAGUGAGGAUUUUAACCAUCUGUCUGCUAAGACUUAAGUACACAUUAACACCUUGCUCUGAAAUUUGUGUGAGGAAUAUAUGCAGUCAGAACCAGGUCAAAGCAAGUGUAUAAAUUGAGUUUUCCUGUGUUUUCUGCACAUAGAUUUUAGCUUGGAUGUUUCUUAUUAUAAUUGAGUAUUACUCAGUAGCCAUUUGACCACUCUGUAAGUACAUGCAAUUCACUUUGAGAAGGGUAGGAACAUUUUCGUGGUCAAGGAUUUUAAUCUAUUUUUUGAAAACUUGAACAAGAACCUGGAAGAAAGAAAUAUUAUUUAAUGUCUGCCAUUUAUUUUUAUUUUGUAAAUUUUUACCUUUGACUCUGAGCUGUCGUGAACAGAAGACUGACAGCAUUGAUGAUUACCAUCAUCUUAACAGUUUUUCUCUGUGCACAUUUUAUAGAGAAGAGUUUGAAUUUGAUUAUCAGCGAUUAUCUCAAUCUGUGCAUAAGUUAUGGUGAUACGUUAUGGAGACAGCAUUUUUGCAAUAUUGAUGCACAAGAAUAUUUUAGGUUUAAAACUUCAGAAAAUACCCUAAAAUCUGGGUGUUCUGGUUAUGGCUUUCUAGGUGACAGUAUUUCUGUAGUUCAUUAAAUGCUUGGAAUUUAUAUUUUUGAAGCAAAAAUAAGUUUUCCUACAGUGGGCUGACAUUAACAACUGUGGUAAAGAGUCUUUAAUGUGCAUUCUCUGUACGUCCGAUUUCUUUGUUUUAUUUUGUUGGCAUAUGCAUGUGAUAUCAGUGACAGCUUCAACAGAACUUUUCACAUUAGGUUGUAAUGACUAUGUGAAUCUUAUUCCCUCCAGAUAUUUCUCUGCCUUUGUGUGUGUGUGUUUUCACAUGUGUGCGCAUGUUAUUUAUGGUUGUUGAAUGCAAAGGAUUGAUACUUUAAGAUUUUAGCUUCUUCCAUCCAGCUCUAGCAUCUAAUACUGUUAUACUGAAACUGUACCAUUGGUUUGUUGAUACAUGUACUAACAUUAUGCAGCAAGUUUUAUAUGCAAUAUUAACUCUUACAGAGUUUGUCGUCUUUCGGAGAAAUAGUUUAGCAUGCCUUCAGCUUAAGAGUUUUGUUAUCAUUCCUUCUUAUUCUUUGUUAUGAAAUUUUGGUCUUUUCUUGAAAACAUUUACUGUUACAAAAUGCCUGGAUUUGUAUAUGUAUUUAUAAGAAUUUUUUUCUGAGCUUCACAAGUUAAGCACAAACUGUCAUAUACUGUCUAGACGUGAUAUUCUUAAGAGAUCAUUUUUAUUUGAGAGGCCAGCUUUAAUGGGUACUAAGUUGGUGUGAUGUUGCAGAUAUUUUUUCUAAAGCAAUAGUGAUUGAAAAACAUGACAAACCACAGUUGAGAAGUGCAAGGAAGGCUGUAAAGCUCAAAGAUUUUAUAAGUGAGCAUGUGAAAUGUCAGCUGUCUUUUUGGGGGUAGUUUUCCAAGCACAGCAGUUUCAGCAAGCAAAAAGCUAUGCAAUUUUCUUUCUUCAGUGUACAUGCUAGGUUUUUUAAUUUCGCUAGCAUGAUGCAGGGAAGAUUCGAGGGGGCUUAGAAACUGAGCUGAAAAUUGUGUCAACAAGAACAGAUUUAAGCGUCAAAAUUAAGAUAUUACAUUCUUCUUAGAACUGAUCCACUGAAACUGCCCAAACUAUGCCCAUGUUUAAAGGAAGCAACUACAUGUAUAUGAACUAGCAAUGAGAUUUACUCAUGUACAUUGUUCACCAUUUGCUGCUCACAGGCUUUUGCAUAAUGUGGUUUCACCAUCUAGACCUCUUCCUCUGACCCCUUUCUAAAAUACGUUAUACUGUAGUUCCAUGCCUGUGUGAAAUGUGGUACAGAAUGGCUGCAGGUUUUAUUGGGAAGAUUUUCACUCAUUUUAUUAUUGUGGUCACGAUGAUAGAGUUGAACUCUAUGCUGGUCAUAGCUUCAGUGCUACUGGUUACCAAUUGUGUGUUAUAAAGUCAUCUAAAACUUCAGGACAUCAGAAGAUCAGUAUUAAUAAUGCAAUAAUAGUCUUUUCUUAUACGCUUUUGAAGAAGUGUUAGGCUGAAAAUAAAAUUAAGAAGUUGAAUGCACAUGUAGUCAUUAAGUUCAGUAGCCACUUUUGGCCAAAUUUAAAAUUUUUAUCUGUUGCAGAAAUAACCUACAGCUCUAGGCAGUCACAAUAGAACUGAUACCAAACAUUGUCAAGAACAUUGAAACCUUAAUGAUUAAUACUCAAUUGCAUUAAAGAUUACAUUAUAUGUAUAUCAGUCAUCUAAAACAGUUUUUUCCACAAGUUACAUCACAUCGUGGGAGCUGUGCUGGGCGAAUCCCACUUUUGACACCUUAGUGUGUCCAAGAUUAUUAUAACAGCAGAAAUUAUGUGACUAAGUGAACCCUACUAGUAGACAUGAAAGUUUAUUUUCCCGUAAGGAUGUGUGGUCAUGACAGAACAGCAAUCUUUUCAAAAUACCUCUAGCUUUUUCAAAGAAUGUGAUUAAUAAGGUAACUAUUUAAGAAAUAAUAACAUUUCUGACAUUUACGAAAUGUACAUACAUGUACUUUUAAAUAGUCAUGUUAUGAUCAUUUCAAGUAAUUCAUUUUAUUUUACAGCCAAGUAAAAGAAUUUUGCCCUGUAAAGUUGCAUGACACAUUUAUAUUUGCCAAGUGUAUGCAUCCACAUGUGAGAGACAAAAAUGUAUUCAAGCAUUUGUGCAUAUUAUCUCUCCAAAAUUUUAUAAGUGGACAAAGAUAUUCAUGCAAGAGCACAGACUUGCAAACAUACAUUUGUCUAUGAUAUGUUUACAUUAAUCUCUGUACAGCAAUUAACAUUGUUACAAUGCAACUGCCAUGAAGCUCAUCCUUACCAGAACAAUCUUGUUGAACAAAAUGCUGAGAACAGAAAAUAAAUAAAUAGAAGAA